AUGCUACUUUUUGGACAACCCGGACACCUGGCUGGGAAUUGUCCAAAGAAGAAGUAUGAGACUGGUAGAGUACAACAACUGGGGAGAGUGUACACUACUUUUGCAGCAGGUGCCAAGGGAUCUGAGACCUUGAUCAGAGGUAACUGUGAAAUAUCUGGUAGAGUUUUAAAUGCAUUAUUUGACUCCGGGGCAACACAUUCAUUCAUUGCAUUUGAAAAGGCUAAUGAAUUAGGGUUGAGAAUAGUGGUCUUGGGUUAUGAUCUAAAGUUGCAUAAUGCUACUCAUGAAACCAUUGUGACUAGGUUAGGAUGUCUACAAGUGUCAUUCCGAGUCAAACAGCGUGAAUUCGUGCAUGAUUUGAUUUGUCUGCCAAUGAGUGGUCUUGAUCUCAUCUUACGACUGGAUUGGUUGUCUAAGAAUCAUGUCUUGCUUGACUUUUCUAAGAAAUCAGUAUGCUUUAUGUUGGAAGGGUCAGAAGCGCCAGUUGUGGUGAAUAACUAUUAUUUGAACUCUGUGAUAGUAAAUUGUUCUGGGACUGAAUGUCAGGGCAUUAUGUUAUUAACUGCGCGAGUUUCGGGUGAUGAUAAAAGCUUAGCACAGAUUCUGAAUGUUUGUGAGUUUCAUGAGGUGUUUUCGGAUGAUAUAGAUGAAUUUCCACCUAAUCGGGAGGUUGAGUUCGCAAUUGAAUUGGGUGCCUAG